CUAAUCCGCGGGCGGACACUCGGGCUCAGGCCGUCAGCUGCAGACGCUCGUGGGAGGAAAGGAAAAAAGAACCGGGACGAAUCUCCAUCCGAGCGUCGUUGUUCCCGGACGGGAUCUGCGCGGUGCCAUCCUCGGACGCGGGCUCGGGCUGUGCGUGCGCCCUGUGUGCGUGUCGCAGGGGCUGAGUGCUGCACCGUGGCAGACAGUGCGUUACAUGCGUCGGGACGUGGCUGCAGUCAUCUCGAGCCGGGUUCUAUUCGCAGGUUUCGGGGGAGAGGUUCCGGGAUCUGCGCGCUGACAGCCGCGCCGCGCGGCGCCCCCAGCCCCGGGGUCUCCGCUCCUCCGAGAGACUCUGUCCAGUCGCCAUUCGAUGUCCAGCAGCACGCGGCUGAAGCUGCCCUGUGGCUGAUCCCGACGAUGCUUUCCACCAACCGCUCAGGAGGCGCGUGGGGAUGAAAUGGUUGGAGCCCGUGGCCAGACCGACACACCAGCUCCCACCUCCCAGUAUGUCCGGCUGCAGCAAGUCUCCUUCCAACUCUGGAGAAGUUGCAGGCUCUAACUCCAUGGCAUGGGUUAAGAUGUUCAAGAAACCCGGAGGAGGCAUGAAAAAGUCCUACCAGCCUGGGAGCAUGCUGUCACUCGCGCUCACCAAAGGCCUGCUGAACGAGCCCGGGCAGAACAGCUGCUUCCUAAACAGCGCUGUUCAGGUGCUUUGGCAGCUGGACAUCUUCAGGAGAAGUCUGAGGCAGCUCUCGGGUCACUUUUGUCUGGGGGAUGGCUGCAUCUUCUGUGCUCUAAAGAGUAUAUUCAGCCAGUUCCAGCAGAGCCGAGAGCGCGUGCUUCCCUCCGACAGCCUGCGGAACGCUCUGGCUGAAACCUUCAAGGACGAGCAGCGCUUCCAGCUGGGCCUGAUGGACGACGCUGCCGAGUGCUUUGAAAACAUCCUGGAGCGAAUCCAUUUACACAUCGUCUCAGACACAGCGACCGAUGCUUGUUCAUCCAAAUCCUGCAUCACACAUCAGAAGUUUGCAAUGAUGCUUUAUGAGCAGUUCGUGUGUCGCUGUUGUGGUGCAUCUUCAGAUCCACAUCCGUUCACAGAGUUUGUACAUUAUGUCUCGACAACUUCAUUAUGCCAACAGGUUGAUCGAAUGUUGGGAAAGAACGAGCGGCUCAGGUCCGACAUGUUUGGAGAAUUGCUGCAGGCAGCAAACACAACAGGGGACCUCCGCAGCUGCCCGAGCGACUGUGGUCAGAGCAUCAAGAUCCGCCGUGUGCUCAUGAACUGUCCGGAGAUCGUGACCAUAGGAUUCGUGUGGGACGCCGAGCAGUCGGAUCUCACGGACGAUGUCAUCCGGUCGCUUGGGCCCCGUUUGAACCUGUGUGGGCUUUUCAACCGGGUCACUGAUGAAAAUGCCAAACGGAGCGAGCUACAUCUGGUGGGGAUGAUCUGUUUUUCGAGUAAACAUUACUCAGCUUUUGCCUAUCACACCAAAUCUUCAAAAUGGAUGUUUUUUGACGAUGCUACUGUAAAGGAGAUCGGAUCCAAAUGGAAAGACGUGGCCUCGAAAUGCAUCAGGGGACAUUUCCAGCCUCUUCUCUUGUUUUACACUAAUCCUGAGGGAAGUCCUGUGUCCAAUGAAGACGCACCGAGACAAACCACAAUGUGUCCCCGCUACAAAGGACAAGUAAAUGGUGACGUGACAGUGAAACAUCCCAUUGGCAGCCCUCACAAAUACCAGGAACCUUUCAUGGAGAAUUUACAGAGGCCUGGUGAAACCUCAAGAAAGGAGCGAGGGCAUCGGAGAACGGAUCCGUCGCAACACAAAGAGACGCCACACACGACAUCUUCAUCCCCUCCAGAGAACGGACUGAGGCCUUCUGCAGACCACAAAUCCAAAAGCCACCCACGCACUGAGAAGUCCUCGAACCAUCCGAGCAGAGGGUCCCAGGAGCCUCGUGGACAGACUGUGGGUACGCAGGGCGGGGGGCAGAAGAACAACCCCUCCCCGAGUCGCUACGACCAGGACUGCUGCCAGGAGCAGUGGGACAGAGGGGGAGGAGGAGGAGGCCGCAUCAAAUCCAAGUCCACCUGGAGACCCAUUCGGGAGGUGUUGAACGUGGACACCGUGCUGAGCGAGCUGGAGCAGCGGCGGCAGCAGCAGCAGGACAGCCCGCGGCGCGGCCGGCCCUCCCAGGACAGGGUGCAGGUCGAACCGAGUCGAGAGCGCGAGAGGGAGUUUGUACGAACCCGAGAAGAUCGGAAGCAGCAGAAGUGCUUGAUGACCAUCUACGAGGACGAGCAGAGGCACGAGACCGAGAGCCACAGCUCCGUGGAGUCGGAGAGCAGGGCCAACCAGCAGCGGGUCGGCCGGCUGACAGGCGGCCCCAAGACGCUGCUGCGGAGCGAAACCUGGAUCAUCCAGAGGACGGAGUCCGGCUACGAGAGCAGCGACAGACUCAGCAGUGGCUCCACCAACCCGGACUCACCGGGGGUCGAUGGCUUUGCCGUUAAAGACCAGAGAUCAACACCAGAGGCACAGCUGCAAAGCCUGCUGCAUCAGAAAGGAGACGACGCAAAGUCAAGCACAGCGUCGUCACCUUCACACAACGGUAAACAUCAUGCCAAACCUCAGGGAAAGAACCACGACCAAGUUUCACAUUCACAUCUGAAGUGCAGUCCAUGUUCAAGACGGAAAUCAAAGUACACGUCCGGCACCUCCAGGAAAGCCGUGUGUUCCGAGCGGGACUCCACCGGCUGUGAGAACUGGCCGUGUGAUCAUCAGGAGCUGGUGAACUGUAGAGAAAGUACAGCCCUGAGGCACAUCUCCAAAACCAGCAGCUCCGAGUGGAACAGCUCCGACGACCUCGCCCUCUCCGAGUCCGAGGACAGAGAGAGUACUUAUCGCUCCAGCAACAGCGAGGCCGCCGCCUCCGAUCCCCAGUGUCCUCACAUGACGCUGCCCUACCAGCCGCCCUGCAGUGUGACCGCAGAGCCCAUGAGCAAUCAGCGUCCGCUCAGCACCGCGGGGUCGCCUCACCUCCGACCCUCCCAGCGGAUCCCUGCUCACGCGGCCGAAUCCAGCCACACCGCGUUUCGCCCGAGGAUGCUCCAAGAACCCUCACCGCCGAGUCCUCGUCUUCCCUCCACGUCCUACGUCAGUCCUCUCCGGAGGCCCGACCUGUCCGGCCUCCGAACCUUCUCAGACGCGAGCUCCAAGUCGGGCUCGGACCCGGAGAGGAGCACGCCGUCGUCCUGCGACAGCGAGGAGCGACUCGGCGGAGGCAGAGCGGAGCAGGCGGCGGCGGCGGCUCACGAGGUUUCUCUGACAACGUACUUCACCGUGGAUAACUGCAUGACGGAAACGUACCGUCUCAAGUACCACAACCAGAGGCCUCUUGUCCUCUCUGCCACGGUGCCGCGGACAGUGGUCACGACGGAGCGCAGAGAUACCAGCCACACACUCCCCACCGACACACACUCACAAGACGUGCCAAAAACCAGACCCGAAACAAGCCAUGAUAGCAAUAAACCCACUGCAAAAUGGAACCCGGUGACGGCCAAAGGACUGGACGAUCGUGGUUUCUUAUGAGUGUUGAGUCGGUACGUUGUGUUUACCAAGAUGGACUGUGGUCAGUUGAGAAUUAACUGGAUGCCAAAGAGCUUAGGGAAUGGAAAGAUGUUCCGAAGCGUGACAUCUCCAAACUGAGUGGACUUUAUUUAUGCAAGCUUGUCACUGAAGAAAAAUGUCUAAAAAAGCUGUUACGUAUUGUUUGAUGGAUUUUCAACCGUCACAUUUCUCGUCUUCCAUUCUCCCGCCGCACUGCUGCGAGAAGAUCUUUGUUUUUACCAAAAUCUUGACUGUUUCCAGUUUGCACAAAAAGAGUCUUUUGGUCACUUUAUGUCAAGUUUAAAAUGUUUAUUUCUUUAUUUUUUACAGCAGUUCUGCAAAAGUGCUGCAGAACCGUGAUGUACUGAUGGGGGGGGGGGGGAGCUACCGGUAGAUUGAUUGUACUGUGGUAUUAGGCGUGAUAACAAAUCGCAGCACGAUGACAUGAAAUGGUUUGUUGAAUUCCCUUUGUCAGAAUAUGGUGUCAUUCAACUCAACGAAAUAAAACCAACCGGUCGAGGUUUGACUCUUCAGCAGCGGGUCGGCGAUAGGGACUGUUUAAAAAGAUGGAUGACACGUCUCCACUUCCACUAUCCAGAGAUGUAGCUUAGAUAUCCUGGAUACGAGUGGAACCAUCUUCCUCCUCUGCACACAGUGCACAGUGGUGAUGGAGGAAGGAACUGCGGCGCCGAGGUCUCGUCGAUUCAUGCGUUUGACCAAUCCUGAGUCUGUCUCAGCUGUCAAUCGCGAUGUUUAGCCCCAUUUUUUAUAGCAUCAAAUUACUAUUUAAAACCACCUACUGGAAAAAUGUAUAUUCAAACAAACAACAGUGUGUUAACAACAACAACUACCUAAAAUUAUUGAAACCAUAUUGACGGAAAAGGUUAUUUGAGUUUGGCUCAAGCGACAUUUUUCUGUCCAAAUUCAGAGAAAACUAAUCGAGACCAACUUUGGCCGUCUGGGUCAUUGUGCCCUGAUGCAGUCGUUAUGAGCCGCACUAAAACUCCCUCUCCCUCACACAUGGUUACUGCUCGUUUUCCUCAAAGGUAAACACGUGCAGUGUAUAAACAAAUCUGUCCGGAGGUACAAGGGUCGCGUAUCCACGCUCCACUUUGAUCCAUGGGUUUAUGAAGGCUACUCCUGCCAGCCAGCAGGUGGCGAUCAAGACAUUUUGGCUUCACCUUUGGGGAGCCGUCAUCUCGUCCAUCUUUACAGUCGAUGAUUGGAGGUAGUGUCACUAAAGGAGGCUGAAUCAGCGAGACUGAGACGCUCUUUGACUUUCGGCACAUCGAGGGCCUUGGCUCACCAGGGAGCAGACGUGGCAACACUUUAAUUUAGUUAGUGAUUCGUGUCAUCUGUUAUCACUUAUCAGCUCUUUCACAACAUUUAUUAGUUGAUGAAUGAGGCUGAGGCCGACCCCGAACAGUCCGCGUCCUCGGCUGUGAAACAAAAACAAAUCUGUGGAAAGAGCUUCUUGUUCAUUUGUUCAUUUCUUUGGGAAACAAAAAAUCAAUCACUGAUUAAAUAUGUAGAGAUCUUUCAGAGACAGCCCUCAGGUUAUGUGUCACUAAAUUCCAUCAUGUAAACGUUUGUAGUCGAACCUCGAUCCUUCUAAUCCUUUUUUUUAAACUCAGUGAUGUCAAAUUGUAUUUUCUCAGUCUUCCUGUUGAAGUUGAAAUAUUUAAACAGGUGUGUAAUUGCAGGUAUUUUCCUAAAGAUGGCAAUAUAGGUAAUUUGCCUAUCCGAUGCUAUUAUUAUUAUUGACCGUACAACAAAUAUUCUUGUCAAUAGGAUUAAUGUUCUAAAACCUGCAUGUGGCCUUUACAGAAGUCUUAAUAGCUGCGUGUACAGCUUGAGCAUGAGCAUGAAAAUACUGGACUGAGUCCAACGAACAGAAAUUCUAUUGGAUUUUACUUAAUGGUAAUAAAGUAAAUUCAUUAAAUGUCAUUUUGUUACUGCGGUUGAUUUGGAAACGUUUGAAAAUGCUUGAAUAAUCUGUUGUUUAUGAAUCCAUUGUAAAUACAAACAUAUAAUGCGAACAACACGACUGUCCGAGACAAACUAUGCAUCCACUGACGGUUACUUUGAGAUUAUUUUGACGGCACAUUUCAGUGUUUUUUAAGCUUUGUAUUGUGUCCAUCAGACAUUCCUGAGAAUACACAUUAAAAAGAAAUCUGUGUUUUCAACUUUCAAAUAUUUUGUCACUUUUGUGCUACACUUAAUUGCCAAGUCCUUUCCGGAUCAUCCUGCCAUUUAUACACGCACGUGUUUUGUUUAUUUUAUUUGCAUUGUUGUCUCUCUCAGCUGCACACACUGAGUCACCAUACUUCAUGUUUGGGUCCGACAUUGUGUAUAAUAAUCACACCUAAAGUAAAUGGGACCAUUUUGCAUUUUUUGGGUAAUAUUUAUUGACACUUAAAUCUAAGACAAAAGAGGCAUUAAAUAUACUUCAGCAAUUUGAAAAAGGCUUUUUAAUUAAUUUAAAUUCAACUAAACGCGGUAACACAUGCCUUUAAAAUAUUCGAUUUUGCUGUAGUGAUUAUAAUUAAAUCUAUUCUCGAACUAAUGACAUCAAAGUUGUUCAAAUGCUGGACAAGAUGAAGCUGAGUUGACUAUAUUAACCGUGUUUUCUCCAUGUUGUCUCACCUGAGAAGGGAUUUCCCUGGUUUGUUGUGUGACCAAUUGUUCUAUCAUUUAUUUAACAGUAUUUUUCUUGUUACCUAAAAAAGAAAAUUCGAUUUUCUUUUGUUGUUUGCAGUUUUUUAUUUCACACUCUGAACUUUGUGUCCUCAGUUGUAUCGAGAGUGCCUUGACGUUUUCAGUGGGACAUUUUUUUUUUUUGUGCGUGCAUACACGUGUGUGUGUGUGUGUGAGUUAAACCACACUUACAGAACGAGGGAGAUGAGUGAAAGUGAUGGAGGGUGUCAUGUCCAAACUUUUGAAUAUAUGCAAUGCUAAUAUUGACAUAUCUGGUGAAACUCCUCUGUGUGCACCGUGGAUCUGUAUUUGUGUGCGAGGGAGAGUUUUGAUGGGUGGUGCUGUGCCAGGUCUAAUUCUCCUAUUGGCCCUUUCAGACUUGGAAGCAGCAGUUUGCUCCUCAUGCAGCAGCAGUUGGCAAGUUUCAUAUAUCGUAGGCAGAGAGAGGCGGGUGCAUCCCAGCUCCUGGUCACUUGUUGCUUUUUUCCUUUUGCACCCACAAUCUGCAGCCUUCAGUUAAAGGCUUUAUUUACAGUCCUCUAUAUAGGCCCAUUCUUCAACAGGUCUUUUUAACCUGUGUCACAGUUGGCAUUGCAUCGAAACCAUAUCUUUUAUCUUGCGCUAAAUAUUAAAAGAAAGAGCAUAAUUACACUGUACAACACUCCUACACACCUGUUGUCGUACCUCUGUGUGUGGUCAGAGUCCGGCCUGACGUCGCCGGUGCUCCCUGGAAUGACUCGCUUGAAGUUUAGACCAAUUAAAAGAGCCGUGUUAAAUCUGUCUACACUUUAUAUUUUUGUAGAUAAUAUAUAUUUAUUUUUUAUUCAUUGUUGAAUAAAGUUUAAACUA